ACUAAGGAUUUCUAGUGAAUUAUGAUAGUGGAUAUAGAUCUUUCGUUUUGGUUAGGAGACUAAAGAGAAAAAGACUGACGUUUUUAUCCCACUUUAGAAUCAUUUCUAAAUAUUUUCGAGUCACCAUUCCGACCAGUCAUUUUUUGGGGAGAACUGAAUGCCUUUGAUUUUCGGAAGAUUAAACCGUUAUUGUAAUUUGCUGUAAAAAAACUAAAGCAAUAGAACAGUCAAAUGGAUGAUUAACCAAGUUAAUCUUUAGAAACACGGACAUGUAUCUCAUUAGGCUUGUUAUCUGUCUGUGUGUGAAGUUGCUAUUCAAGUGGUUAAUUAUAUGUUCACAUUUAACCCAUGUAGACCUAUAAAGAUACAGCAUUAUAUACGAUUUAAUAAUAAAUCAGACACUUGUGAAUAGCUGUGAAGAUGUGAAUAGCCUUUUCUAUGUAUUUUGUUUUUAAGUCACACAUUUCGUGAGAAUAUGCAAGGCUUCUCUUGUUACAUUGUAGCAAAGUAUCCAGUGUCAUUUAGCCUGAGCAAUGGGAUGGUUUCUCUACAAUCGCAAAACCAUUGCAGUGUAACCCGUGGGCUACAUUUUCCAGUUUCAAAGAAAUAGUCUCCCACCCCCGUAAAGGCUACUUUGUUUCAUAUUUGCUUCUGACUCGAUAGUGGUUGACAAUAUGUAGGCCUAUUAUAAACGUGAAAUAGUGUUGAGUUUUUUUUCUUUAUCGCACAUGCCUUUUUAGAAUUAAUAUAAGAUCCAUAUCAUUAUACUUAGCCACAAUCUGGAAAAUAGGCAAUUUAUAUAUCAUUGUGUUCCUGCGUAUAGGCAAAAAUAUAUAGUUACAUUGUCCGUGUAGUUAGGCUGUUCCAUUUGCUAAUUUUUGAGUGGGCUUUUCAAUCGGUUACAGUUACAGUAGGCUCCCCGCUGGACUGCUUCUGGUGCGGCCGCUAGGGCCUUCCAUGGCGAUGUCCACUGGUUGUUGGCUGGUGGUGUGUCUGUAGCUGUGUGUAAGGAGGGCAGCCUACUGAGCCUAGGCGGUCUUUAGCCUCAGUCUGAUCUGAGCAUGUAGGCUAGAACCAUAAACACAUCCUGAACCAAGCUUUACCCUAGUAAACCCCACAGCACCGAGACAUGCUACAUCCCCGUGAGCUCACCCGCGGACGUAUGUUCUUGGAUAGAUCUCGGUUCUUAUAGCGCCAGUUAUAGGUUUGAGAAGCGGGAGGAGAUGACGGCGAGGAAAGCCGCUUUUCAACCACUGUCUAGCUCUCGCAUCCCGGAGAGGAAGGGAGCGGCUGACCCGGAGAAGACUAACUCCGACUGGUCUUAUCCUUUCUCCCAACAGGAGCCGGUGAAAGGCCAUUCGACAGCGGGGAUCCAUGCCCAUGUGGUGGGGGCUGUCGGGGGCUCCGGGGCCGUGGAUGAGUCGUCAGACAGCGAGGGAGAACAAGAAGGCCCGCAGAAACUCAUUCGGAAAGUGUCGACCUCCGGACAGCUCAGAAGCAAGACCAGCGUGAAAGAGGGAUUGUUGCUGAAACAGACAAGUUCAUUCCAGAGGUGGAAAAAACGCUAUUUCAAACUGAGAGGACGAACACUCUACUAUGCCAAAGAUGCCAAGACUGGCAGUGCCAAGGCCCGGUGGCAGGAGCGGGCGCUGCGUGGCGUGUCCAGGAGUCGUGUAUGUUGGAGGGUCCUGUCCGUGUGCUGGGCAGGGCCUCGCAGCACUCCACCGGCUAGCGGAUCCGAGGAAGGUCUGAUGUCGACACGGUCACUGAUAUUUGACGAGGUGGACCUAUCUGAUGCCAGCGUGGCCGAGUCCAGCACUAAGAAUGUUAACAACAGCUUCACGGUGAUCACUCCGUUCCGCAGGCUCAUCCUCUGCGCGGAAAACAGGAAAGAGAUGGAGGACUGGAUCAGCUCGCUGAAGUCCGUCCAGUCCCGAGAGGAUUACGAGACAGCACAGUUUAAUGUGGAACAUUUCUCAGGGAUGCACAACUGGUAUGCCUGCUCCCACGCACGGCCCACCUUCUGUAACGUCUGUAGAGACAGCCUCUCUGGCGUCACCUCCCACGGCCUGUCCUGCGAAGUGUGUAAAUUCAAAGCUCACAAGCGGUGUGCCGUCAGGGCCACCAACAACUGCAAAUGGACCACGCUGGCCUCCAUAGGCAAAGACAUCAUCGAGGACGAGGAUGGGAUCGCCAUGCCCCACCAAUGGCUGGAGGGAAACCUGCCUGUUAGUGCCAAGUGUGCUGUGUGUGACAAGACCUGUGGCAGCGUGCUCCGACUGCAGGACUGGCGCUGUCUCUGGUGCAAAGCCAUGGUACACACAGUGUGUAGGGACCUGUACCCCAGGAAAUGUCCCCUUGGCCAGUGUAAAGUCUCUGUCAUCCCUCCUACUGCCCUCAACAGUAUCGACUCUGAUGGCUUCUGGAAGGCCACCUGUCCCCCGUCCUGCGCCAGUCCUCUGCUGGUCUUUGUCAAUUCCAAGAGCGGAGACAACCAAGGGGUUAAAUUCCUCCGACGUUUCAAGCAGCUCCUCAACCCUGCUCAGGUGUUUGACUUGGUCAACGGAGGACCACAUCUAGGGCUGCGUCUCUUCCAGAAGUUCGAUAACUUCCGGAUCCUGGUGUGCGGAGGGGAUGGGAGUGUAGGCUGGGUCCUCUCUGAGAUAGACAAACUCAACCUCCACAAACAGUGCCAGCUGGGAGUUCUACCCCUGGGUACUGGGAAUGACCUGGCGCGGGUGCUGGGCUGGGGCCCGUCGUGUGAUGAUGACACGCAGCUGCCCCAGAUCCUGGAGAAACUGGAGCGGGCCAGCACCAAAAUGUUGGACCGCUGGAGCAUCAUGACCUAUGAAAUGAAGAUCCUUUCCAAACACAGCGGGCCUGUCACUCCCGACGACACUGACCACGACCAGUUCCAGAUCUCAGCCUAUGAAGACUCGGUAGCUGCCAAUCUCACCAAGAUCCUCAACGCUGAACAAAGCUCUGUGGUCAUCUCCUCUGCUAAGAUCCUGUGUGAGACAGUGAAGGACUUUGUUGCCAAAGUGGGGAAGUCCUAUGAGAGAAGCACUGAGAAUACAGAGGAGUGUGACACCAUGUCUCUCAAAUGUGCCAUCCUGAAUGAGAAGCUAGAUUUGCUCCUUCAGACCCUCAACACAGACACCCAGUCAUUCCCCCCACCUCCUCGCCUUUCCACUCCCCCCAUCGUCGAGGAGGAGGAGGAAGAAGAGGAGGAGGUGAGCGAGGAGUCGUUGAGCGAGCUGAAGGAGAAACUGGAAGCGGAGGAGAGUGAGAAGGGAGGAGAGAACGGAGGAGGUUCGCCACACAAGAUGUUCAGAGCUAAAGAAGAGUUGAUGCUACGGGCAAACAGCCUGAAGAAGGCUGUACGAGAGAUUAUGCAACAGGCAGAGAGAGUGGUGGAUGAGCAGAAUGCCAGCACGGAGGAGCAGGAGCUGCCGUCCACGUUAGAGUUCAGGAAGGAGGGAGAGGAGGACAACAGGGACAGUGAAAAGGACGAGGACACCAAGGAACUAGAGACCCUGCCAUUGGCUAAGAGUCCUUGUUCCCCUCCUGAAAGGUGUGUGAGUCGCAGCAGCCAAUCAUGUGGCUCAUUCUCCAUCACACCCUUCACCACCAGCAAGGAGAACCUGCCUGUACUCAACACACGUAUCAUCUGCCCUGGUACAUCCUACGGUUUGCGUGCUGGUCUGGCAGCCUCUAUAGCUGGUAGCUCCAUCAUCAGUAAGAUGCUGCUGGCCAAUAUCGACCCAUUUGGAGCUACGCCCUUUCUGGACUCUGACCUGGACUCACUAGAGGGCUUUAGUGAGAAGUGUGUCAUGAACAACUACUUUGGCGUUGGGCUGGAUGCUAAGAUCACCUUGGAGUUCAACAACAAGAGGGAGGAACACCCAGAGAAGUGCAGGAGUCGUACUAAGAACAGGGUGUGGUAUGGGGUUCUAGGAACCAGGGAACUCCUCCAGAGAACCUACAAGAAUCUAGAACAGAAGGUUCAACUGGAGUGUGACGGUCAGUACAUCCCCCUGCCCAGCCUUCAGGGUAUUGCGGUGCUGAACAUCCCCAGCUAUGCAGGUGGAACCAACUUCUGGGGAGGAACCAAGGAGGACGACAUCUUCUGUGCCCCGUCGUUUGAUGAUAAAAUCCUGGAGGUGGUAGCAGUGUUUGGCAGUAUGCAGAUGGCUGUGUCCAGAGUCAUCAAAUUGCAACACCACCGCAUAGCACAGUGUCGCUCAGUGAAGAUCACUAUCCUGGGAGAUGAAGGUGUUCCUAUCCAAGUGGACGGAGAGGCCUGGGUACAACCUCCUGGAGUCAUUAAGAUCCAACACAAGAACAGAGCCCAGAUGUUGACCAGGGACAGGGCGUUUGAGAACACUCUGAAGUCGUGGGAGGACAAGCUGAAGUAUGACAAGCUGCCCCUGCGUUCUCACCUUUACUCCCAGCAGUCUGUGGACCUGGCCACUGAGGAGGAGGUGGCCCUCGUACAGCUGGUUGCCCGCGCUGCAGACGAUCUCAUCACCAGGAUCUGUGAGGCAGCCAAGACCAAUGGGCUUUUAGAGCAGGAGCUGGCUCACGCCGUCAACGCCUCAUCACACGCCAUCAACAAGACACACCCCAAGUUAGCUGAGAGUAUGGCCAGGAACACUGCUAUAGAAGUAGCCAGUAAUGUGAAGGCUUUACACAACGAGACUGAAUCCCUUCUGGUGGGACGAGUAUCACUGCAACUGGAACCCUCAGAUGAAGAGUCUUUAUCCAGCGCUCUGCAGAGUGUGGAGAUGGAGCUAGGCAAACUAGUAGACAUUCCCUGGUUAUACCAUAUACUGCAGCCUAAUGAAGAUGAGGACCCCUCGUUAGAGUAUGGCAAGAGCAACAGUCGUAGCAGCAUGUUCAGAAUCGUGCCAAAGUUCAAGAAGGAGAAAGCUACCAAGAAGACCAACCCUCAGUCAGUGGAGAGAUGGGGUACAGAGGAGGUAGGAGUCUGGCUGGAGCAGCUCAGUCUGGGAGAGUACAGAGAUACCUUCACACGCCAUGACAUCAGAGGCUCUGAACUGCUGCACCUGGAGAGGAGGGACCUGAAGGAUCUGGGGAUAUCGAAAGUGGGUCAUAUGAAGAGAAUUCUCCAGGGAACUAAGGACCUGGCCAAGACCGCCAUGGUUGACCUCUAACCCAGAAGUAGUUGGUGCCAGAGUGGAAGUGCCCUUCCACCACAGAGGAAGAGUUUUGGAGCUCCGCAGGGAGAGCUGAACGCCUGGCAUCUUGGGGUGGAUGGAUGGAUUUGAUCCUUUGAUGGAUUUAAGAAAGCUGUUGGUGAGAAAUUGUCGAACGGGAAUGUUUUAGUGAGGCUGUGUUUGGUGCCAAAAUAGAAGAUGGCAAUCUACAGUUGUUGACAGUUCAAAGAAGGAAGCCAUGGUUUUUCACAAAAAAAAAUGCAAAUUUUCUCUAAUCAUAUUUUCAUUCAUGGCACAAUUGGGUAUGCAACUAAUACUCAUUAUAAGAGUUGGUUUGGGCGUCUGGCCUCGUAGAGAAGGCCCAAUCCAAGUAGCAACAAGGUGACUUCCAUGAGUAUGCCCUAACAGUGUGCUGUGAGUGUGUACAGUUCAGCACAGUUACUACAAUACCACGCAGCUUUGUGAUUGGCUUACUGGCUCUUUGCCUGGCAGUAGAAGGCUACAGACACAACGCUACAGUCUGCAAUAUCCUGCUUUCACUGUUUACACCAGAGGAGAUAGGCGACAUCCCAAAUAGCACCCUCUUCCCUAUGUAGGGUACUACUUUUAAGUGGUGCACUAUGUAGGGAAUAGGGUGUGAUUACAGACGUGCCCUGGGAGAAGGAGAUGCAAUGUCACCACCUAAAGCGAGUGAAAGGAGGUCUCUGAAAACAGUGAGACAUAUGUUGCAUGCUAUGCUAGCUUGAUUUGGGAUAUCAAUUUUGAAUUGCAAGAUUAGUGUCUUGGUUCUUUUGUGUAAAAAAUGACUUUAGUAUUAUUAUGCCAUUUGUUACUACUGAAAGCAUUAUUUUGGUAUGAAUCAACCUUUUUUGUUAAUUAUUUUUAUUUAUGUUUUUGCAUGAUAAUUAUCAAAUCAAAUCAAAGUUUAUUUGUCACGUGCGCCGAAUACAACAGGUGUAGGAAGACCUUACAGUGAAAUGCUUACUUAAUUAUGUGUUAAGGAUCUGUGUCAUGUGCCAUAUUUUAUUCAUUUUAUUGUAAAAAAUAUGCUUUAUUGGUAAGAGAACAUCAGAUUUAAGACAAGUUAUUAGAUGAACUAUUAGGAGUUAUACUUUAUUUUCUGUUGAUAUGAAAAUCAGUACCAAAGUGAAUGUCCAAUACACUUCCAGACAUAAAUGUUAACUUUGAAAGUAGUGAAAAUCACAUCAGCAUGUUUGGGAUGAAUAUCAGUUACAUAUAGAGUAUUUGAUAAAUUGGAUUCUAGAAUUCUGGGAACUUUCAAUAAAUUCCCUGGUUUCCCAGAAAUCUUGGUUGGAGGAACCGCAUUUCCUGCUUCUUAUUUUCUGAGUCCGGAAAUCCUCCAACCCGGGAUUUCGGGAAAACCACAGAAUUUAUUUACAUUUCCCGGAAUUGUGCAACCCUAGCUGUAAUCCAACAAUUUCAUAUUUUUAUGGGAGGCUUGACAGGGACUUUUCCAUGUUGCUAUUUGCAAUUCACCGCUAUUUACAAUUCACCGCAAUCUCUAGCAUUUAAACACUCAAUAUUUCAGAGUAAAACUCUAUAGGAGUUAAAUGUUGAUUUAAGUAUAAGAUUGAGCAGCUGAUCUGCAACAGGAGAAAGUGCAGAUCUAGUUGCUCAGUGUGGCAUGUAAUGGUAAUAGGACACUUUUGUUAGGUUGGUGGCAUUACAGGGUAUACCUAUAUAUGUGAUGCUAAGUAUGCAUAUACGAUAUAUGCACUGAAUAUAUACAAUCUAAAGCAGUGUAUGCAUACACUGUUAGUAGCUUUUGUAGUCAAAUGCCUUUGUAGAUUACAGCUAACACGUUUUGAUGACCAUGUCUAUUGAUUUGUGCCAUGAACACCAAUUGUGGAUUAUUGAUUUUGUUUAACAGGAUAAUCUGUCCUGUUUUUGUUUAAUUGCUGUUGUAUUCUAACGGAGGUGCAAUAUUAUGUUGGUUUUGGGAGUCUUUCUGAAGUGAUGUUUCGCUGUGGGGAAAACCCUAAGGGUUAUUAACUGACCGACUUUUAAACGAAAUAGCGUUUCUUACUAAUUUAAUUUUCAUUCAAAAUUCUUCCAACAGCUCACUGGUUUUUAGUCUUGUUCCCCUGUGCUUCCAGGAUGAUUCUCAAAGCAGGUUGCAGAAAAUAAUAGACCAUGUUACUGACUAUGUGAGACUGUUGAACGGGCAGACCUGACUGUUGUUCUGUGCUUUAUGUAUCUAAGAACCCUUGUAUGUUCAUUUACAUCAGCUAAAUACCUAGCAUCAACUGUAUGUUUAUCAUUGAUCAGCCAAGUUAUAUUAUCAAUGAUCCUAUAUCAUCAAGCCUUCUUAUUUAUAACUUUUUACCUCAACAAAACUGUUAAUAUCAGGAUUGUGGCUUGCUUAAUUUCAUAGUCCUCCUGUACCAUAAUAUCUAUUAACAAAUGGAAAUAGGAAGUUAUACCAUGUUUGCAUGAUAAUUACGUUUAAGCUUAUUUGGGAUUAAGAAAGAAAGUAAUCCGUACUAGUUAGUUACCAAUUGUGUUCACUUAUUUGGAGUAAGCUCCAGAAAGUAGCCUGUAUAUUUUACUCCAUCAUUUUGCAGUAUAUAAAGGACUGUAAAAUAAAGCAUUACCACCCACCUCUCUUUUGGUGGCAAAUCAAAAGAAUUCACAUUAUCAAGAAGCAUAUAAUUGUUGCUUAUGCUCACAAUCAAGUAUAAUUUUUUUUAAAACAUGAAACCCAAAACACGAGGCCUUUUAAUCCCCUAAAACAUUAACCUCUUUUGGUGAAAGAAGUUACAUUUUAGAAUUAUGCCAGGAGCAUCUAAAUCAUACCUUAGUAAAUGGUCUAGACAAAAAAUAAAUGGGUUUUAUUGCAAGUAUGAUUGUUAUGAAGAAACAAAACAUAGCCCCAAGCUAGCUAGGUUCCUAAUCAAAGACAUGAAUGAAACAUUCUGAACAUUCAAUCUUUUUUGAAAUUCUAAUUAUGCAAGCCACAGUUCUUGAUCAUCAUUUAUGUGUCUUGUUGUCUUUAGUGCCCCGUUUCCACUGGCACUUAACAUUAGGGCCCAGGUGGGUCCAAAUUCGAGCUGGCUCAAAUGGAAUUCUUAAAUUCGAGCUGGGUCGAGGGAAACCCGGGCCUGAGCAGCCAAGUUUCACAACUGGUUAGAAUUCGAGCUGGUGACGCCGUUACUAUGCAACCACCAAGCUUAUCAACAUUAGCUAGCUAGUCUGGGUUUGUUACUGUUAGCUAGCACAUGGACAAGCAGUAUUGCACAUAUCAGACAUGACACAAAUUACCACCAUAGCUGGAUCCUUCAUUCAUUUUUGCACUACACAAUAAACUUUUAUGAGAACAGUCAGCCGUCGAAUGCUAGCUACCUAACGUUAGCUGGCAAAUCAGAGUUGAACAAGCUAGCUAGCUAAUGUGAGCUAGCAGGAAUUAAAGCUGACCAGGUCAUAUUGAAAAUUAGCUAGAUCCAUAAUAUCAAACCUAUCAUCUGGUUUGCUUGGUUAGCUAGCUAGCUAAUAACCAAUGCCAUGGCAAGCAAAGUAGGAAUUAAGCCUGUUAGCUAGCUAGCUAACGUCAGCAAGCUAAAAACAUGGAUCUGAGUCUAGCUGGCGCUGGGAGGAGUAUGGGGUAACGUUAGUUACAGCAUGGUGAGGGUGAAUUACAUUCUUUAAAUUCUUGCUAGCUAGCUAGCAACAUUAGCGAAGCCAGCUCCAGUCACAUAUUGGCUACCUAGCAACAUGACAUAUAUUUCAUAUUUCUUGGCCAGCCCAACCUGGGUUGACUUUAAAGUGCCAAUGGAAACAAUGCUUAAGUGGCUUAGGUAUGGGCUGGUUUCACAGACAUAGACAGAUGGAUUUGAAGUUGUAGCUGUUGUUCUCAGAGUGGUUUAACCUUGGAGUACAUAGUUCUGUAUUUAUAUUAAAACCACCCGUUCAGUAGUCUGAAUUCAAGAGCAAUCUAGGUAGUUUAUGUCUGCAGCGCUGCAGGAACUAGGAGUGCUGGGGGUGCUGCAGCACCGUGGGAAAAAUCCAAAGUAAAAAUAAAAUAUAUAUAUAUAUAUAUUGUAACGACCCUGGGUUUAUAAGCACGGAAAUCGACUCGCGCCGGACCUCGGGCUAGAGGGCCGAGGCUCCCUGCUCUUUCAUUACAAUAUGUAUAUUUUUUUCACAAAGUAGUGCACUAGGCCCUUAGUACUCUUGUAUUAGUGGACCGAUCUAGCCGUCUGUAACACGCCCCAACAUUUUUUUUGCAGCAUCGCCGCAGCACCCCCACCCUCAAACUACUUCCUGCGGCUAUGUACGGUGUGUCUGUGUUUCAAGCUAUGUGUGAUUUAAUCUGAGCUGAGGUUCCUCACGGCAGGUCACACUCACGGCUUCAGUUCCCAGGCUGUAUGUGUGUGUUGUCUAUCUCUGUGUGUCUGUCUGAAGGGUGUCUGUCUGUCUCUGUGUGUCUGUUUGUCUGUCUGAAGGGUGUUUGUCUGGGUCUGUAUGAGUGUGCUGUCUGUCUCUGUGUGUCUGUCUGAAGGGUCUCUGUCUGGUUCUGUAUGAGUGUGCUGUCUGUCUCUGUGUGUCUGUCUGAGUGUGUUGGACCCCAGACUACAUGCUUAGAGAGAGAGAGCUUGAGUUCUCCAAUUUAGGUAGAGGUUUCCCAUGGGUACAGAUCUUAGCUCAACUUACCUCCCCCAAUCCUAACCAUAACCAUUAGGAGGGGAAAACGCUAAACUGAUCUUAGAUCAGCAUCCAUGGGCAACGUCAUCCAUCACCACGUUUUCCAAUGGUAUGUAUAUAUAAUGCUGCAAACUGCCUGGUUUUCAUAAACCAACCAAACCCUAUGUGAGAACUCUUAAGAUGGGGUAACCCGAUAGUCUUUAACAUGGUUAAUAACAUGGUGGAAGAGAAGUGAGAUUCAUUUGUUUACAUUGUUUACAAUGGCACAGUUUUACUUGCUAAGGAUAAAAAUAUAUAAAUUCAGCAAAAAAAGAAACGUCCUCUCACUGUCAACUGCGUUUAUUUUCAGAAAACUUAACAUGUGUAAAUAUUUGUAUGAACAUAACAAAAGUCUAACAACUGAGACAUAAACUGAACAACUUCCACAGACAUGUGACUAACAGAAAUUGAAUAAUGUGUCCCUGAACAAAGGGGGGGUCAAAAUCAAAAGUAACAGUCAGUAUCUGGUGUGGCCACCAGCUGCAUUAAGUACUGCAGUGCAACUCCUCCUCAUGGACUGCACCAGAUUUGCCAGUUCUUGCUGUGAGAUGUUACCCCACUCUUCCAACAAGGCCCCUGCAAGUUCCCGGACAUUUCUGGGGAGAAUGGCAAUAGCCCUCACCCUCCGAUCCAACAGGUCCCAGAUGUGCUCAAAGGGAUUGAGAUCCGAGCUCUUUGCUGGCCAUGGCAGAACACUGAAAUUCCUGUCUUGCAGGAAAUCACGCACAUAACGAGCAGUAUGGCUGGUGGCAUUGUCAUGCUGGAGGGUCAUGUCAGGAUGAGCCUGCAGGAAGGGUACCAAAUGAGGGAGGAGGAUGUCUUCCCUGUAACGCACAGCAUUAAGAUUGCCUGCAAUGACAACAAGCUCAGUCCAUUGAUGCUGUCACACACGCCCCGGACCAUGACGGACUGUCCACCUCUAAAUCGAUCCCGCUCCAGAGUACAAGCUUCGGUGUAAUGCUCAUUCCUUCGACGUUAAACUCAAAUCCGACCAUCACCCCAUGUGAGACAAAACAGCGACUUGUCAGUGAAGAGCACUCUUUGCCAGUCCUGUCUGGUCCAGCAACGGUGGGUUUGUGCCCAUAGGCGACAUUGUUGCCGGUGAUGUCUGGUGAGGACCUGCCUUACAACAGGCCUACAAGCCCUCAGUCCAGCCUCUCUCAGCCUAUUGCGGACAGUCUGAGCACUGAUGGAGGGAUUGUGCGUUCCUGGUAUAACUCGAAAAGUUGUUGUUGCCAUCCUGUACCUGUCCCGCAGGUGUGAUGUUCGGAUGUACGAUCCUGUGGAGGUGUUGUUACACGUGGUCUGCCACUGCAGGGACGAUCAGCUCUCCGUCUGUCUCCCUGUAGCUCUGUCUUAGGCGUCUCACAGUACGGACAUUGCAAUUUAUUUCCCUGGCCACAUCUGCAGUCCUUAUGCCUCCUUGCAGCAUGCCUAACGCACGUUCACGCAGAUGAACAGGGACGCUGGGCAUACCUUGGACUGUGCCUGUGUUUCUCUGUCUGUGUCCCCUCAUUCCAAAUCUGUCCCCUCCAUUUAUAUGACAAAACCAUCAUUAUUUGUUGAAAAAAACAUAAUUGGAAGUAAAAUAAAUAUCCUAAAUGCUAUUACAUAAUUAUGUAAUUGUAACACUUUAUGUAACACUUACAGUUACAAUGCAUUGCACAUGCAUCAGAGUCAGUAGAAAGACCUCUUUAGUGUCCUAAGUUUUCAUAACUGUGACCUUAAUUCCCUACCGUCUGUAAGCUGUUAGUGUCUUAACGACCGUUCCACAGGUGCAUGUUCAUUAAUUGUUUAUGGUUCAUUCAACAAGCAUGGGAAACAGUGUUUAAAUCCUUUACAAUGAAAAUCUGUGAAGUUAUUUGGAUUUUUACGAAUUAUCUUUGAAAGACAGGGUCCUGAAAAAGGGACAUUUCUUUUUUUGCUGAGUUUAUGUAAACAAAACGUGCAUAUUUAUUGCCUAAGGUUAAUAAACAACAUGAUGAUGUAACUGUGUUUUCAUCUUUGGAAUAUAAUGUUACAGUUUAUCACUUGUGUUACUAUCUGGAUGCUUUUGGUAAAGUAGUUGGUCAUUUUUAUGACUACCAAGCAUUGGAGUCUGGUCGGAGAAGCUAUAGGAGGACGGGCUCAUUGUAGUGUCUGUAAUGGAAUGAAAGGAACAGAAUCAAACUUGGUUUACAUAUGUUUGAUGUGUUUAAUUCCAUUCCAGCCAUUACCAUGUGCCUGUCCUCCUAUAGAUCCUCCCACCAGCCUCCACUGCCACCAAGUGACUGUUUUUUGUGCUUUUUUAUGGUUACAAUGCAUGGUUAACUAUUUAUUACAAUAUGGAAGUCGCUGAGAUGUGUAUUUUUGUAUUCAGAUUAAAUAAAUGUUUCAAAUUUGUUGUACAUUGUUAGGUGCCUUAAAAACAAGGCUAUCUUCCUUCUUCAAUAAAAACGAGUGCGUACACAA